UUUUAGCCAAAACACUUGUUUCAAGCAAAUCAACCGUUUCUAUUCUCCAUCUACGAACAAAUCUCUCAACCCCUUCCACCAUGUCUGCACCGAUUCGGUAUUUGCAGUUACUUCACGCUCGAUCGCCAACAAAGGUUUCCGGUCUUAACAGUAUAAAUUCAACCAAACAUCGUCACGCCGCUGCGCAUUACUCUCCCUCUCAACCUGCUACUCCUCUGUUCUUCUUUGGCUUCACUGCUGCUUUGCAAACAAUAUUCAAUCAAAUAGAAGAAUGGGGCAAAAUCAUAAGCUGCUUUGGUUUCUCAUUUUGUUGUCACAAUGUUGUUGCUUGUCAUGGGGAGGCUGGUUCUUUGGUUCAGCUAAGAAUCAGGAAGAAGAAAAACAACUUCCUGGAAAAAUUUCAUCAAGUUUCUCCAUGGAGCCUUUCAGUAAUGCAAAAGGACUUAAAUUAGUGGAAAACGCAAGGCAGAAAAUGUUGAUGGUUGGCCCGGAUUCUUGUUGGCAAAGGGCUUAUCAGAGUGUAUUUGCGGAGUGUUCAAAGGCUCUUUAUGAUGAUGAGCUAAGGUCCCGUCUUGCGUGGCAUCUUAGUGAUUGCUUUCAGAAACAUUCUGCCCGGUCUUCUUUUCCAUUCUGCGACCCCAAAUUUCCCAUGAACCAUUGCCUCAGGAAUUUGGAUGAUCUUUCUCACAAGAUUUACCUUGAGUUCUUUCUUGAAACCAACUCCAUUUGCCACCAACUUCAGAUGGAUGCAUUUAAAUAUCAAACAGAGAAAUUGGUGAAUGACUUGAAGAAAACGGCAGAGUACGCAGAGGAAAAGAUAGAAAACAUAGAGGCGCGCACGGGCAAGUUUUAUUGCAGAACUCGAAUGAAAUCCAAGAUUCAUUAUCCGUGGUUGAUCUAAGAGCACAAAACCUAGAAAAGGCUUCCAAGAAUGUGGAAGAACACGUGAACGCUAUCCUAACUCAUUCAACAGAAAUCCAUGAGCAUUCCAAGUCCAUCGAGGCCUCUCAAAAGGAGUUAUCCGAUGAACAGGCACAUAUGAAGAUGAAUUUAGUGGAGGGAAUGGAGAUUCUGCAAGCAUCUUAUAGUAGCCUUGGUAAAGAGAUGAAUGAGUUGAAGAGUGAGGCUGAGGAGAUUGAGAAGGAGAUUGGUAAAGUUGGUAAGGAAAUGAAUUCAAAAAUGAGAAUUCUUCAGAGUAAAGCUGAUGAUAUUGGAGUUAUUGCUGGGGUAUCUUUAGAUAAACAGAGAGAACUCCUGGACAUCCAGUCUGCUGCCCUUGAUGGCCUUCAUAUUCUCACCAACUUCCAGUCUCAAGCUCUUGAAGAAAGCAGAGGAACUUUACAACGAUUAGCUGAAACCGGAGAAAAACAACAGGAGGAAUUGCUUAGAAAGCAAGAAAUGCUUCAACAUGCUCAUGAUCACCUUGUUGAGAACUCAAAAAUAAUCUUGGCAGCUCAGGAAGCAUUUGAGUCCAAACAGGCAAGCAUGUUUGUGGCUAUAGACAAGCUCUUUGCAUUACAUAAUGCUAUUCUCUUGGAAUCGAGGUUGAUGAAAGCCUUCCUGGUUUAUUCCUUGUCAAUCUUUCUCCUCUACAUGCUCACCAGUACAAAACAGACCUAUAACGUCCGGCCUCGCCUUUAUAUAGGGCUGUGUGUUACAUUCUUGAUUGAGUUCUGUAUAGUUCGAUAUGGGACAGAUGAAAUGGAGAAGCAGGCUUGGAUCGUAGGCAUGAUCAGGUCUGUUUAUGUGGCUUUGGCAUCAAUCCAGCUUCUCUAUGCAGUCUGGACUUACCGGGAUUAUGAGGUGCUGAACCAUCACAUACUCUUGACAUUGAUGGAGAAAGUGAAUGGCAUUCAGGCACAUAAGCAGAUAUCAUGGGAGAUGGAUAGCGAUUCAGAGAGUGAAGUGGAGUGGUGUUCAUGGUUAGAGAAAGAGUUGCAAGAGGAGGUUGAUAGUUUACAAGACCCUGACUAUUUGUUGCCUGUAGAACAAGAAGUUUCAGAAAAUUCUUUAGUAGAAAAUAAUAGUAGUUCAUUUUCAACGGUGAGACGAUAUAAUCUUCGAAAUCGCAGCCUUCAAAGAUUUUGACCGCCACCGUUGAUGAUUGUCUCAUCUUCUAUACAAAAGAUGCUCUGUUAAUCUGUUAUAAUUAUUACAUGUAAAUUUUAACUUCUCACCAUUUAAUUUCUUUAGAAUGAACAUUUCAUAUAUAAAUUUUGCAAAUCUUCAGUUUAGAAA